AUGCAGCCAGAGGCGUGCCACGGUGUGCCGCUCGCGAAUCUGGAGGCGCCGUCCGCCGUCGAGGGUUUGGCGCUCCACCCCGACUUUGUCUCCGAGGAUGAGGAGCGAGAGCUGCUGCGCACGGUAGACGCACAGCCUUGGGAUUGCACGAUCAGACGGCGCACCCAGCACUAUGGCCGUCGCUUUGACUACCACAACAAGACGGUCGGCGACGAAGCGACGCCGCUGCCGGCGGAGAUUCGCAGGCUAAUCCUCGAGCGGGUGGAUGUCCAGCCCGCGCUUCUGCCUUGGCGGCCCGCGGCAGGGCGCGAGGGCAGUCUCCAGUGCACUGUCAACGAGUAUCCGCCUGGGGUCGGCAUCGCGCCGCACAUCGACACGCACUCCGCGUUUGAGGACGGCAUCGCCUCGCUCAGUUUGGGCGGCGGCUGCGCCUUCCGCCUGCGGCGGGGGAGCGACGGCGCAGAUCACUCGGUGUGGCUGCCGCCGCGCUGCCUCCUGGUCAUGAGCGGCGCCGCGCGGUACGAGUGGCAGCACAGCAUCAGCGGGCGCAAGUUCGACCGGGUGGAGCAUAGGGAGAGCCCGGCGGGCUGGGAGUGGGUGCCGCGCGAGCGCCGCAUCUCUGUGACGCUUCGGCGGGUGCUCGGCAGUGGGACCGCAGGGACGGGACAGUCAGCGUGGUGA